CACCAUAAUGUUUUCUUAAAUCGCAUUCUUCACUCUUUCAAGAUAACACUGAACAACCAAGCAAGAAAGUCAAUUAUUCGAGCUUCAUGCAAGUUAACUAGUAAUUCACAUACACUCGAAACCUCCCAUAAAAGCACAUCAGCUCGAGGUAUCAGUCCAUAACGUCGUCUUUAGGUUACAUUUUAAGAAAGGUUAAAUCAGAUUCUAAUUUGAAUUUUAUAAAAAUGAAAGCGAUCCGUACGGCUAUUCAACUUGGCGCAACUUCUGGGAGUACUAGCGAAUCAAAGAUCGUCCUUUCUAGAUGCCGACCUCGUAACAAGUCAACCUUUACCCAAGAACGAUCUUACACAAAUGAUGUAUCAGACCCAAUUUCUUCACAUAAUUCACGUUCACCUUCUAACCCUAAAAAAGUAGCUGCCUCCUUCAAGGUAGGACCUUACCGAGGUGCAAUUCUAAGUCCUGAACCUUCGACCAUUCCUUCUCCUACAACUCCUACAUCACAUCUCUAUAGUCCAUCCAAACUACGACAGAUUCUUAAACCAGCUAAAGCUGUGACGUCUCGUGCUGUCUUACACUUUCCACAUUCGAAGACGAUUAAAGAACAUUUAGAAGAACUUUUGUUUCCACUUCAGUUUACUGAACAACUUGCUUGUAGGAUUGUGAGUUCUAAGAAUUUGAUUAAGAGUCAAGCUAGUUUGGAUGAACUUAAGGCCGAGAGAGGUGAUGUGGGAUAUGUACUCUUAGGAGAACAUAAUACAAAGCUUAGUUUCCUUGGUCGGAGGAUGAUGCAUUUUGCUUUAUCUGAUUUUUUGAUCAACGCUCCAAUCGUUUCACCACUUACCACUACACCUUCUAGGUUAUCCCCACAAGUAUUGGAAAACGCUUUGUUAACUAAAUUCAUGUUAGGACAAUAUGUUGGAAACCAAUGGGAACUUGAAAAGAUUAUGAGAUGGAGAGAAUUAGAUGGAUUGUCUUCGGGUUCGAGUGAGAUGGUUGGAACUGGUUUAUGGACUGCUAGAGGUCAUACAGUUGAAGCUAUUCUUGGUGCUGUGAUGUUACAACAUGGAACUCGAUUAAGUUUAGCAGUUUUUCAUUCAUUAGUCUUACCACAUUUAUCAUUUAGAUUAGAUCCAGCAUUUUUACCAGCUAUUAAAGCUAUUCAAUUAUUGGAUCGAGAAUUAGAACGAUCUGAAUCUGGUCUGUCUAAAUGGAAAGAGUUAGACAUAACACCGUUUUCAACUAACGAAAGGAAUGUAGAAGGUCAAGAAGCGGCGAAAGUUGAAGGUUCGACUUAA